UAUAUCCUCCAGAUCCGCCAUUAAAUAUUAGAUCCGUAAUAAAACAAACCUAUUUCGACUGUCUUCAAGGCCAAGAAUAUCAAAACCGACGUUCUAGAUAUGGCAGACUGUAAAGCUGUGGCAGAUCCAAAGGCAUCCAUGGUCAACCUUCUUGGACCUGAAGCCAUGUCCCACAAUGUCUAUAACCACAUCCUUCUCUCUCCAACACAAGUGUCAAGGAAUCUCUCUCUACCGCCAAACCAGUCCUCAGGUCUUAUUGGGGGGCGAUCCAGAAUGGGGGACAGAGUAAUUGAGAACUUUAUUUCAUCAGCUGACACCAUUGCUGCUCCAAAACCCAAACCUAAACAAGAUGGCCUCCAGUUUUCAACCAGUACAAGUACAAGCUGUAAUUUUGAUUUUACAAGCAGGGAAGAGAGUUCAAGAGUUGAAGAACCUUACAGGAUGGCUUGCACUAUGGCCAACUCAGAAGCUGUGUGCCUCUCAUUAAGCGAUGACGAGGAUUGGAUUCAAACCUUUAAUAAAGAAGGGGUUGAUGAAUGUGAGCUUGCUUCAGAAGUUGACAGAAAAGCUGUUGAAGAUGACAAGGAAAUUCACUCAGUUGAAGAUUUUAUUCAAUUGCACCUAAUGUAUUCAUCGGAAACAUCCAAGACAUCAAGUGAGCCAUCUACAAGUCAAAACAGUGAUGAUGACCAUAGUUGUUCUGUGAAUGACCUACAACAAUUGGUACAGAAAACUAAUGAAAUCAUUAAACAUAAUAGACUAUUGCAAGAAGAAAUUGCCACUUUGAAAAAGCAGACAACAGUACAAACAAAAGUAUUGACAAAGCUGUUGAGGAAGAAACAAAAAAGACUGCAAUCUUCUACAAAAACUAAAAUUUAGAAUUCACUGCUGGUUUAUAGUCACUAGUUGAUAAAAUAUUCUUCUUUUUGUGGGAUUUUACUACAUUUAUUUUUUACAUUACUGGGUGCUUAGUGUUGAUAAUAGUGAUUAGUGUUAAGUCAAAACUUUUCAAAAGCCUAGAUUUUAAAUCUAGAGUAUUGUUAAAAAAAUUAAAUCCAUUCAAUCUUAAUUAAUCUUAAUUAAUUAAUUAAUCUUAAUCUUAAUCUCUUGUCAAUACAAACAAAUAACUGUCACCAAAAAUACAAAAAAGAAAUCAAAUUAACUAGAAAUAAUAAUUAAAAUGUAUUUAUGAGAAAGGUCUUUCAUCUAAACUUUUGCUUGCAAAUAAAGCAGGGAAGUGUUAAAAAUAAGCUAUUUAAUUUUUUCUGUUUUGUAUUGAGGAUUUCGAUGAUAAUGUAAUAUCACACCUCUCAAACGAUUGAUUGCCAAAGUCAGCCUGAAUGGAUUAAAAGUUUUAAAUCCAAAAUUUCUGAAGUUGAAACAAGACUUAAUAGCAGGCCUCGAAAUUAAAGCAAGGGUUGAUUAUUUAGAAUCAUAUACACAUGUCAUGAAAUUAACCUUUUUUUAAUUCUUGAAGGGUACGUAC